AUGGAUUUCCAUCUCUCUCUUUUUUCCAUCAUCAUCAUCCUAUUCCUCUCCUUCUUCUUAACAAUACUACCACCAUCUUACUGCAACGAAGAUGAUCCUUUUGUGGUCUGCAACCGUAACUAUGCCUGUGGAGGCGUCAAAAUUCCGUUCCCUUUCUGGGGAGGCACCCGUCCUCAAUAUUGCGGUGAUGAAGACCACGAGCUCACGUGCGUCAACAAUGAAUACCCAGUUCUCGGAUUUGAAGCACUAGACUUCCGCGUGCUAAACAUCAACACAUCUUCUCGAUCUUUUACCAUUGCAAGGUCGGACCUCUGGGAUGGCCCUUGUCCUCCAAAGCUCCUAAAUACCACUUUGAAUUUAACUUUGUUUGAUUACCGUUCGAACGUUCAAAACAUAACUAUAUUCUACGGCUGCCCUGUUCUUCAAGACAACAACAUACCUGAAGCCUCAAAUAGUUUUAAUUGUAGCCAAGGAGUUGGUGAUGGGAAAAUUAAUAUUUCUUAUUACUUGGUAGACGAAUCCCCCUCGAGCGUCCAAUUACAUGAACAACUUGUAAGGGAUUGCGACAGCAGUAUCAAUGUUCCUAUUCUCCGGAGUAGUGCUAGUGCUCUUCUUGACGACCCUCAGGGUGGAGCCCUGGCAGUUCAACAAGCAAUGGACAAAGGUUUUGAGGUGGAAUACAACAAUAGAUUCGAUCAUCUCUGUAGGGGGUGUAAGGAAACUGGUGGGGUAUGCGGUUCUAACUCCACACGGGCGUUUGUCUGCUAUUGCCGUGAUCAAGUGCAAUCCUUUACAUGUCCAAAACAGGUUGAACUGUUUGCUGUUUUUCAAACUAAAUUUCCAUGA